AUGACCUUCCCCCUGCCGAGACCUGCUCAGAGUGUUGUGGACGACAUGUCAAAGGCAGAUGAAGCAAUCGGCUAUGAGCAAUAUGCUCACGAAAAUGGCUUCGUUAUAAAACAAGGCGAUUGUCUUUUUGUUGCUCCCCCAUCUGGUUCGAGCGAGAAGCAGAUCGUGCGAAUCGACAGGAUUACCAAAAAUACAAGCGACGACACGGUGUACUUCACGGGCGUCGUCAUGGUCAGCCCAGCAGAAGUGGAUCACCCCCCGACACGCCUCUUCUACCCGCGUGAGGUCUGUAUGACUAACAACGAGAAGGCCACCUUCCCCCUGUCAGCCGCCUUGGGCAAGUGCUUUGUCAUGCGGCCGGGUGACUUCUGCAUAGCACGACCUACCAGCUACCGGGAAAACGAGGUGUACAUAUGCGAAUCCAGGUACUACGAUGAUGAGAAACAACUGCGAAAACUCAAAAAGCCCUUUAAAAAGUACAACUUCACGCCCGAAACGGUGGAAGAUGAGUUCUUCUUCUUUCCCCAACCCAUCGUUCCCCUCAAGGAAGCCUCGCCUAUGCUUGCCAAGGUCUCCUCAACCCCGCUGAGCAUGGAACAGUUGGACCGACCCGCCUCCUCGGCUCUGGCUAGCGUGGUGGCCUCCGCCAACUUGCCAGCCUCUGGCAUCUCCACC